CCUAGAGCUUUAGUGCACUGCUGCACGUGUGCAUUAGACUUGGUUCGUACUGUUGCACUGACAACUCAGAAAACAGUUUAGAGUCUUACUUGUAUCCCAUUUCAGUGUUUAUUCUUUUUUGGACUCAAAAACGUGUUGUAGUGACACUUCUCCUGAAUUUGUUGUCGACUACUUUCGUUUCAUGGACAUGUGAGUUGAAUUGGUUACGGUGUACAGUGAAUCAGUGUACCCAGUAUUCGUACCCGGUGGCCGUGUAACCAGGCCGGUGGCCUAUCUUCACCCCGGCUUUGUGUAGGACUCGGUACUGGCCACUAGUGUCAGGAGAGGUUAUCGACACAUGGCUCUGACGAUAGCGCCAUCUUUCCUAUUAACGCUUAGCAAUUGAUCUGACAUACAACUGGAAAUUCUUCGUUAAACCGUUAUACACCAUGCCAACGAAUGUGUCUCAAUUGUUCACGUAGUAUCAUCACGCACGUUUUAACCUAAUCUUGGUCACGUCACGUGACUGUCCAAAUGACCUUGGCAUAUAUUUUAUCGAUAUUUCUCAGCCAUAUUAACAGACUGAAUUGUUACUGUGCCGGAUAAACCAUUGAUCCUAUCUACUAGUGACACUGCUGACGUUUCUGAUUAAUUACGCGUGCAUAUACAUUACGUCAUAUAAUGACGUCAUUUACAGGACUUGGUUGUAUGUCGGGAUCAUCUCUGGAUGGACUGGACUUGUGCCACGUGGAAUUCACGGGAGAUAUAGAGACGGACAUAUGGGGGUACCACAUCCUGGAGGCUACCACUAUACCGUAUGACCAAGAACUCAUCGAGCGUCUCCGGAACUCCGCCAAACUGUCUGGUGAGGAACUAAUCCAGUUGCACGUGGAAUAUGGGCACUAUAUCGGCACUACCAUCAAAGAGUUUUUAAGUAAUAAGCACGUGGACUUCGUCGCGUCCCAUGGUCACACAGUAUUUCACCAACCCCAUUUAAGAUACACGUUCCAACUGGGAGACGGGGAGACGACUGCCUCAUACCUCAACAGUCCUUUUGUGUGCAACUUUCGGAACAAGGACGUGGCUCUUGGAGGUCAAGGUGCGCCUUUGGUCCCAAACGGAGAGAAAUUUUUGUUCAGUGCAAAUGAUAUCUGCAUUAACCUUGGGGGUAUCGCCAAUAUCGGCUUAAAGGGUCAGAGAGGGUAUGACAUCUGUCCAUGUAACUCUGUCCUUAACAAACUGGCCGGAGCGCUGGACCCUUCCCUUCAGCAGGACACGGAUGGAAACAUAGCGGCUAAAGGCGAUGUCAUUCCAGAAGUACUUGACCGUUUGGAAUCGCUUGCCUUCUAUAGCAAGGAACCCCCGAAAUCACUGGGUGCAAAGUGGAUCGAGGAUCACAUCGACCCCAUUCUAGACGUACAGCAAUAUUCCAUUCCCAAUCUGAUGAGGACCUUUGUUGAGCAUGUCGCGUUGAGGCUAAAGGACGCAUGCGUAUUAAACUCAUGUCAACUGUCGUCUGAUGUUGUGCCUGUUCUGGUUACCGGAGGGGGAGCCUUCAACAAGUACCUCAUGGAUCUAUUUAAGGAGAAAUUACGUGGGACAAAAAUUGAAGUAGAGAAAGUUGAUGACGAGACAAUUUGUUUUAAGGAAGCAUUAAUUUUCGCAUUUCUUGGUCUACGUUGUAUCCUUGGAGAGGAAAAUGUGUUCAGUUGUGUAACCGGAAGUCGAUGUGAUUCCGUUUCCGGAAGUAUCCACAGACCAUUGUCAUCUGAUGGCGUUCCAGCAAAGUUUAAACAAUGUUAUUUUGAGUUUAAAAGGUCUUCAUCACACAAUAUGAACAUGUGAUUUAUUUCUACAGACAUUUUAUACAGCUGUUCUCGCAAUUUCCGUUUGAAAUUGAUUUGUUUAACGGAUAUAAGUCUAGUUAUUAUAUCCGGUAUAUAACAUUUGUUGGUGCCCUAAGUGUUCGUUAAUACCACGGGUUGUAUUUGCUUUUAUCUUAAUAUAUUUACAACAGUAUUCUUAUCUAGAAAAUAAAAUGGAACAAAGCAAACUACAUGAAAAGGCGAUAUCGAGAAAAUCGUGCAAAUAUCGAAGAAAUCGAUUUCAUUGAAAAUAUGUACAGCAAUCGGCACUUGUUUACAGUCCUGUGUAGUGCUCGAGGAGUUAAUGUUAUAAAUAAAUAAACAUGCGAAGAUAUGACGGUCAGAUGGAAUGUAAAUAAAAGGCGAGAUCCGGGUAUGUGGUCACCGUCUGUAACCGUGCAAGAACGUACCUGAUGAUUGUCGGCCAUUUUCCGAUUUAGAAUAUCUCGGAGUAAGAAAUGAACUCUUAUGGUUUUAUCUCACCUACUAAAACGUACUGACGAGUUUAUAUUUUUCAUUGUUUAAAUAUUCAGCAGUUCUUUUAAAGAGUUCAUAACUUGAAAAAAAAAAAAAAAAAAACACGACAAUAUCUGCAAUGACAUUUUUUGGUAAGGAAAUUAGUAAUACGUAACCGGUAAUGAUUCAUUCAUUCGUACAUGUGUAAUAUUACAAUAAUAUAAUUAAGUUUUGUUGACAUAUAAUGACAUCAAUGCUAUCAUAAUCAAAGUACAUUGUAUUUCUAAUGAACUACUGUUACACACCAUUCAAAUUACUUUGUACUUCUAAUGAACUACUGUUACACACCAUUCAAAUUACAUUGUAUUUCUAAUGAACUACUGUUACACAUCAUUCAAAUUACAUUGUAUUUCUAAUGAACAACUGUUACACAUCAUUCAAAUUACAUUGUAUUUCUAAUGAACUACUGUUACACAUCAUUCAAAUUACAUUGUAUUUCUAAUGAACUUAUGUUAUAUAUACCAAUAAUUGGAGUUUAAUUUACAAUGAGUAGUGUUAGAGUAAGCUGUAACCUCGGGUAUUCAGUGUUUAUUAUACCAAACUAUCCAGAUCACUUAUAAAGGUGAAAUGACGAGUAAAUCAGAAACGAUGACGUGUAGCUUGUGUUAAAUACUUGUUCGGAUUUAGUUGUCUUGGUUUGCGUUCACAGCCACUGGGUAUCAGAUAAACAAUAUGUAUACAAUAAUUAUAUUUCAUUACCAGGAAAAUAUCACAAAAUAAAAUCGUGUAAAGAAUGACGA